AUGAAGUUCCUCUCUGCCUUUGCGCUCGCCUCUCUGAAUGGCCUCUCCUAUGCAGCCACGGUGAAUCUCGAUUGGGAUGUCACCUGGGUGGACGCGAACCCAGAUGGGCUGGCAGAGCGUCCCGUGGUGGGAAUCAAUGGCGAAUGGCCACUGCCUGUGCUCAACUUUACGAAGGGAGAUCAAGUUGUUGUGAAUCUGACCAACAAGUUGGGCAAUGAAACGACAAGUCUUCACUUUCAUGGCUUCUACCAGCAGGGCUCGACCGAGAUGGAUGGCCCUCCGGGGGUAACUCAGUGCGAUAUUAUGCCCGGUGACACAAUGAUCUAUAACAUGACACUCAAUCAAACUGGCACAUACUGGUAUCAUUCUCACUCCAAAGGCCAAUACGGAGACGGAUUCCGCCAGGCGUUGGUCAUCACCGACCCGGACAAUCCAUACCUGGGCCAGUAUGACGAGGAGCGAGUCAUCACUCUGUCUGAUUGGUAUCACGACCAGAUCCCAACGUUGAUGAAGCAGUUUAUCAAUGUGGCCAAUCCAACUGGUGCAGAGCCAGUACCAAAGUCGGCGCUGAUGAAUGACACGCAAAACUUUACGCUGCCGGUGGAAGCAGGCAAGACGUAUUUGCUGAGAUUUGCAAAUAUUGGUGCCUUUGCUAGUCAGUAUUUCUGGAUUGAAGAUCAUGAGAUGAGCAUUGUCGAAGUGGACGGCAUUUGGACGGAACCAGCCAAUACAUCGAUGAUCUAUAUUACUGCUGCUCAGCGUGUCAGUGUUCUUGUCACGAUGAAGAACGACACUUCGGCCAACUAUGCGAUGAUGGGCAGUAUGGAUACGGAUCUGUUUGACACAAUUCCCUCAACGCUGAACUGGAAUGUCACUGGCUGGCUGGAGUAUGAUUCUUCGGCAGACAAACCAGCAGCCAAAGAGGUGGCCAGCUUCGAUCCAUAUGAUGAUAUGCAACUUGUGCCGGUCGAUGGGAUGGCCAUUUACGGUGAUGCCGACUAUACCAUCACUCUCGAUUUGACGAUGGAUGACCUUGGUGACGGAGCUAAUUAUGCCUUCUUCAAUGAUAUAUCCUACGUCGCACCAAAGGUCCCUACGCUCUACUCGGUGCUGACGACAGGAUCUGCAGCAACAGAUGCGUCCAUCUACGGCACAGACACCAAUGCAUUCGUUCUGGAGAAAGACCAAAUUGUCGACAUUGUCCUUAACAACGACGAUACAGGAACCCACCCCUUCCACCUCCACGGCCAUGCAUUCCAGGCCAUCUGGCGCAGUGAUGAAGACGGCGGUCAUUACAACGCCAGUACCGCCACGUUCUCCUCGACUCCAAUGAGACGCGAUACGCUGUAUGCACCGGCCAGCGGUAACUUUGUCAUCCGGUUCAAAGCCGACAACCCAGGCGUCUGGUUCUUCCACUGUCACAUCGAAUGGCAUCUAUCAGCGGGUUUGGCCGCCGUCAUGAUAGAAGACCCAAUCUAUCUGCAGAACCAUCUCACCAUCCCCCAAAAUCACUACGAGGUCUGCAACGCCAGUGGCACUUUAACUGCCGGUAACGCAGCGGGCAACACCGAGGACGUCUACGACCUGACCGGUGAGAACAAGGCCGUGGCGCCCCUUCCGGCCGGAUUCACGCCGCGUGGUAUCGUUGCGCUGGUCUUUAGUUGUGUUGCUGCGUUUCUGGGUCUGGCUACGAUUUCCUGGUAA